AUGAAACUUGUACUACGUCUGUCACCACGUCGCUGCCCUUACUCAUCUAAGAAUACCAAUGCUUUUUUUCAAACAAACAGUUUAAUUAAAACAAUUAAUACAAUUACAGCGAGUAAUCAAAAUGCAAACGAAAGCAUGGAACAUCUUGGUAAUGAAUUAAUUGUCCAAAAUAAUGCAUCACAAUGUCAAAGUCAACAACCUUCAUCUUUACAAGAUCAGGAAACCAAACAAAUACUUGAUGACGUGCAUUAUGUAAGUUAUAACGGCGAACUUCUCUGGAGAGUUGAAGAUUUUGCUCGAAAAUUUGCUGAAGCUGAAUCUAGAAAACACCCUUCAAUAGUAUCACCAGUAUUCUAUUCAUCACCAAAUGGUUAUAAAAUGCGUGCAUCUUUAUUUUUAAAUGGUGAUGGUGAUGUUGAAGGUACACAUAUGUCUAUAUAUCUUGUUCUUUAUAAAGGAGAUUAUGAUGCUAUUGUUUGGUGGCCAUUUACUAUUCCUGUUGUAUUUUGUCUGUUUGAUCAAACUGGUCAAGGUCUUCACAUUAUUGAUAGAUUUUAUCCUGAUGCAACAUCAAGUAGUUCUCAAAAACCAACUUCAGAAAAGAAUAUCGCCAGUGGUGUACAAAAAUUCUGUCAGUUAGUAGUUAUUAAAACAAAAGAAAACUGUUAUGUUCGAGAUGAUACAAUGUUUAUUAAGAUUAUGUUGGAUUUUGGCAAAACACCUAGACAAAUUUUACCAUAUACAUUGAGCCUUAAUCCUGGUUUGCCAGAACACAUACAAGAAGCUAUGCGUUGUAUGGAAAUUGAAAAAUAUGAACAAGCUCGGAAAGCACUUAUGGCAAAAGUGGUUCAAGAAGAUCAAGAAAUAUUACGGUGUAGUCUAAUUCCUGUAAAUCGAUCAGCCGUACAAGUAACUGCACAACAACAACUAACUUCAACAACAAAUUCCGAAGAUGGUAUAUCAUGUGAAGAUAUAGCAAAUGAAUAA